AUGUGCAACAUGAUCGAGGUGUCGGAAACAUCGAACGACGCGAGCCACAAGGAGGACGAAGAUGACGCUUCGCUGCCGAUCAGCUUCGGCAGUGUGCGGCAUUUGGGCAAGAUCGAGGGCAUCAACUGCACGACGCAGAGUUGGCGCGUGAAGGAGCGCAUGAAAACGGUGAGCGUGGCGCUCGUGCUGUGCCUGAACGUCGGCGUCGAUCCGCCCGACGUGGUCAAGAUCCAUCCGUGCGCCCGGAUGGAGUGCUGGAUCAACCCGUCGUCCGUGUCGCCCGGCAAAGCGCUCGAGCUGAUCAGCUACGCGCUCCAAAAGCAGUACGAACGGUGGCAACCGCGAGCCCGCUACCGCCAUUCGCUCGACCCGACCGUGGAGGACGUGAAGAAGCUGUGCACCUCGCUGCGGCGCAACGCCAAGGAGGAACGGGUGCUGUUCCACUACAACGGUCACGGUGUGCCGCGGCCGACGUCGAAUGGCGAAAUUUGGGUGUUCAACCGUACCUACACCCAGUACAUCCCGCUCUCGAUCUACGAUCUGCAGAUGUGGAUGGGAGCCCCGUCGAUCUACGUGUACGACUGCUCGAACGCCGGCAUCAUCGUGAACAGCUUCAAUACGUUCGCCGAGCAGCACGAAAGUGAGAUGGAGCAGAUGCGGAACCGCAGCGGAAGCACCGCCAGUCACACCGAUCAGCAGCAGUCGCAGCAGCCAGCGCAGCAGGCGCCUCCCGACGGUAGCGCUGGCAACCGCAGUUCACCGUUGCCAGGGGGCGGUGCGCCGCCGCCGGCUACUACGACCUACCGCAAUUGCAUUCAGCUGGCGGCGUGUGCGGCCGAUCAGUUGCUGCCGAUGAACCCGAGCCUGCCGGCCGAUCUGUUCACGUCCUGCCUGACGACGCCGAUCAAGAUGGCGCUCAAGUGGUUCACGCUGCAGUCCACCUCGGAGCUGGUGCCGUACGUGGACGAGGACAUGAUCGACAAGAUCCCGGGCCAGCUGAACGAUCGGCGCACGAUGCUGGGCGAACUGAACUGGAUCUUUACGGCGAUCACGGACACGAUCGCGUGGAACACACUGCGGCCCGAGCUGUUCCAGAAACUGUUCCGCCAGGACCUGCUGGUGGCCAGUUUGUUUCGCAAUUUCCUACUGGCCGAGCGCAUUCUGCGGGCGUACGAUUGUACGCCGAUCUCGAGUCCGGCCCUGCCGCCCAGCUACCGGCACCCGAUGUGGUCCGCCUGGGAUCUGGCGCUCGAUCUGGCGCUGAUCCAGCUGCCGGACAUUCUGGAGAAGGGCAAACCGUUCCAACACUCGCCGUUCUUCGAGGAGCAGCUGACGGCGUUUCAGGUGUGGCUCGAGGGUAGCACCGAGCAGCGGAGCCCCCCGGAGCAGCUGCCGAUCGUGCUGCAGGUGCUGCUGUCGCAGGUUCACCGUUUGCGUGCCUUGGAACUGCUCGGCCACUUCCUCGACCUUGGCCCGUGGGCCGUCAACCUGGCGCUGAGCGUCGGCAUUUUCCCGUACGUGCUGAAGCUGCUCCAGAGUUCGGCUCCCGAGCUGCGGCCCUUCCUCGUGUUCAUUUGGGCAAAAAUUCUGGCCGUCGACGGCACGUGCCAGAUCGAUCUGGUGCGCGACGGUGGCCAUCGAUACUUUUUGCUCGCCCUGCAAGACACGAACCCGGCGGCGCAGUGCUUCAAGGGGAACCAUCGGACGUACGCGGCGUUCGUGCUGGCCUGUAUCGUGCACCGGUUCCCGAACGGACAGUCGAGUGCGCUCCAGAGUCAGCUCGUGUCGAUCUGUCUCGAUCAGCUGAACGAUGCCGGAAAUCCGCUGCUCCGCCAGUGGCUUGCCAUCUGCUUGGGGCACCUCUGGCAGCACUACGAGCAGGCGCGGUGGUCCGGCGUACGGGACAAUGCGAACGAAAAGCUGUACCAGCUGCUGAGUGAUCCGCACCCGGAAGUGAGGGCGGCCGCGGUCUACGCCCUCGGUACGUUCAUCAGUUCGGUGACGCAACGGUCGGAUCACGCCAACAACAUCGAUCGCGCCACGGCCAUGCAUCUGUUCGCGACGGUCAGCAACGAUAUGAGCCCGCUCGUGCGCAUGGAACUGAUUGCGGCCCUCCAGUGGAUGGUGCUGUUCUUCGAGACGCAGUUUGUGGGCACCUUCAUGCAGGUGGACAGUCCGGAGCGUAGCUGCAAUCCGAUGAAGCGCGUUUCGAGCACGAACAACAUUCUCGGCGUCGGCAAGUCAUCGGUGACGGUGGGUUUCUACCAGCGGCUGUGGAACGGGUUCGUGGCCCUCUCGAGGGACCCGUUCCCGGAGGUGGCCUUCAUGGCGCAGAAGAUCGUCGAUUACGUGCGCUCCGAGACGGCCAAGGAGGUGACGGUGUGCGAGAAAAGUGGCAACGUUCACCACUACGGUGGAUCAGUGGCCAGCGUCAGUUUGCCACCGUCGCCGAACACGCGCGUCAACUACCUGUCGGGUGAAUCGCCACCGGCGCACCACGACAAUGGAAUCCAUCGGCUCGGAAGCCAUCACACGCCGCUGUCGAUGAAGAAGCGCGUCGUCCAGGGGCUGAACGAGAGCGGCGAUUUCUCGGAGACCCCGCAAGACAAGCAACCGGCGUCCGUGGGGUCAGCGGCACAGAAGCUGGCCGCCGGAGCCGGAAGCAAGCUUCUCGAGUGGUCUACUAGUCAGCAGCAACCGGCACCUUCCGUGGCCAACACCUCGUCGUCAGCGUCGGCGACCCCGCUGAAGCCGAUCGUUAGCACCAAGUUCAUCGAGUGGUCGGUGAGCUUCUUUGCCCAGCCCUCGAAGCAUAUGCACGACACGAUGGAAGGUGGCGGAGCUGGUGACGGUGGUGCCGAUGGUGGCCGGAACGCGGUGGACCACAACUCGUCGGAGUAUCUGAACCGCCAGGCACGCUGCCUGCGCAAUCAGGCCGUGCGGGCCGAAGGAAGCGUCCAGCGGAGGAAGGCCAUCUUUAAGCGGCUCGAUGUACAGCACUGGUCCUGCCGCACGCAGCACGCACCGACCAUCAUCAAGCUGAACCCGUACGACGAGCAGCUGGCGUUCGCCUACAAAGAUCGCGUUAUAGUGGUGAAUAUGAACACGGACACGACGUACACACUGGCACCGGCGAAACAACCGGACGGUAGCGGCGGUACCGGCACCGGCAGCAACACCAGCAGCACCGGCAACAUUAGCUCGCAACAGCAAUCGCAUCAACUGUUCCCUACGCUACAGCAGCACGGCUCGACCCACCGCCUAAUCGGUCCGUCGAUCAGCCAAUCGAUCAGUUUUCUCGAUCAGCACCAACCGCAAUCGUUACAGCACCACCACCACCACCAGCUACGGUCAUCGCACGAAACGUUCCCGCACUCGGUGGCCGCCAGCCAACCGCUCAGCGUCACGUCGCUGGAGUUCAUCAACGCGCACGACGUGGGCCUCGUAAUGGCCGGCUACAGCGACAGCACCAUCCGUCUGUGGCGUGCCGAGGAGGCCGGCGGCGGCAGCGUCGAUAAUCAGCACCAGCACCAGCUGCUGUCUGCGUGGCACGGACUGUUGGACUUUAACACGGCAAGCCUGGCCAAGGUGAGCUGUCUCGAUACCGGCAACCAAGGGGCGCACCCGAGCGGCGGGGGUACCGUGGCACCGGGUGGCCUGGUGCUUGCGUGGCACCAACGCUCCCAGACGAUAGUGGCCGCCGGCGAGGCGAAGUACGUGCGGUUGUGGGAUGCCGAGCGGGAGAUGCGAAUCUGUGAUAUGCCGAGCGGUUCCGAUACAUCGAUCCGGAAGCUGUCCUGUGCACCGAACGGCCUGUUUGCGGCCGGCUUCUACGAUGGCAGUGUGCGCAUCUUUGACCGCCGGUGCCCCCCGGCGGACCAGCGGUGCGCUACGAUACGCGAACAUCUGCACCCGAUCCUGACGCUGUGUAUGCGCGACGACUGCGAGAGCCUCGUGGCGGCCUGCGCGGGCUCGAUCGUGCGGUUGUACGAUCUGCGCAAGAGCUCCGCUUCGCACCAGCACUGGAGCGCCGGGACGGACGUGUCGGCGAUGGCCAUACACUCCAGCGCCGACAUUCUGGCCUGUGCCACCAACCAGAUCACCAUCUACGGACUCGACGGGACGGUGCUGAGUGCGGGCCGGAGCAGCGAUGGGUUUAUGGCCACGCGCAAGGGCGUCGCGUCGUGCCUGUCGUUCCACAAACACAAACUCAACCUGGCCGCUGGCUACAACGACAAUACGGCGGCCGUGCUAGUGCCGGACCGGAAGUGAACCGCCAUCAUCAACCGGAACUAGGUUACAGCUUUAAUGUACGCGAGCGGGAGAGUCACUGCGCCCCACGAACAGCGCUAACCUGGGCUACAAACCAACCUAGAGCCCGACGAGAUCCUGGUCACCACCACCAUAGCCGGCCUUACGCUAGAAUUCGCGCGGACGCACGCGGCUUACUAAAUGCAGCUUGGCUGUAACGCCGCGGCCGCCAUUGCCGGCGCACAUUGGAUAUCGAGUCAAAUUGCCAUUGUUGAGGGGGUUUACGCCGUCGCCCCAUACGCUUACGCUGCUAUCGUGUCCGCUAGGCUAGGCUAGGCACACACACCGAAACACAGAGAAACCUUAGAAGAACCCGCCCGUGAAAUAGUUUUAGUCGAACGUCGUCGUGUACAGCAAAAUGUCGCUUAAAAAGCAAACAAACAAUGAAAACAAUGAAGCAUUGAGCAAAAACUGAAGAAAACUCGAACCGGUACACAAUACACAACAAUCGUCUGCCCCGCGUGCUCGAUCCGGGCUCGGCAUUCCGUGGCUGAGCGGAACCCGGGAUCGAAAAGCCGGCAGAGUUCUUUUUCCGUUCGUUUAGUCUUUAGUAAGCAUGCCCCCUCCGGGUCAUUAUGUUCCGUUUCGGCGUUGCUGUUUUUUUAUUGUUUUAUACUUUCUUUCCGCUACGUUCGGCGCAUAACGUUUGCUUUUACGCGUAGCAAAUGAUGUGGGAAAAUGAUUCGGGAAGGAAAAUAUUGUUUUAAGCCUAUAUUACAACCCUAGCUGUCCCUUUUUUUACCCAUUGUUUACUGUCGGUGCACAGUGCUGUUUUAUUUUCUGUAUAUAAAGUUUACCGGAACGAAUUACACGAUAAACUGUAAAUAAAAACACACCAUGCAGGUAAA